GUAGCCGCGGUGGAUAAGCGGCGUGCGCCGCACGGGCCCCGGGACCAGCAGCGCCGCGAAGGGAUCGCGCACGUACCCGUGUGCGGCUAGCGAUCGCUUGCUCAGGGAGCUGCUGUCGUUGGUGCUCUGGACCGUUCCCGCCCGGCGCUGGCGGCUUCGCGGGCCCAUGACCAGAAGGUGCUCGGCAAUACUUCACAUAGACCACUUAUCGCGCUCCAGCUCAUCCGCUUCCGGGUGAAAGUGAUCCCAAAGCCGCACAUAGUGCAAGUCUUGUUCAAAUAUGGCAAUCUGAAGGAAGCCCAGCACCUCAGAAAUCCCGACAUUGAUAAGUUUAUCGUCCAAGCUAAGAGUAAGAGUAAAGAGAAACUUCUCCUCCUACUAAAGUGAUGGAGCCUGGACAGCAGUGGCCGGGGAAGACAGACUUUUACGUGCAAUUGCCAAAAGUGAUGUUUCCAGAUGUUCCAAGUUAUUCAUCAGCUUACUACUAGUGCUGAGGACGUCCUGAUGGUCACAAAAGAUGUCAUUAAAGAAUUUGCAGAUGAUGGUGUCAAGUACCUGGAGCUGAGGAGCACUCCCAGAGGAGAAAAUGCUACUGGAAUGACUAGGAAGACUUACGUGGAAGCCGUCCUUGAAGGCAUAAAACAAUGCAAACAGGAAAACUUAGAUAUUGAUGUUAGGUAUUUGAUGGCAAUUGACAGAAGAGGUGGCCCGACAACAGCCAGGGAGACUGUUGAACUUGCUAAAGAAUUCUUCCUCUCUACUGAGGAUACAGUUCUUGGCCUUGACCUCAGUGGAGAUCCAACUAUAGGACAAGCGAAAGACUUCCUGGAGCCUCUUUUAGAAGCUAAAAAAGCAGGUCUGAAGUUGGCAUUGCAUCUUGCAGAGAUUCCAAAUAGGGAAAAAGAAACACAGAUGCUGCUGGGGCUGCUUCCUGACAGAAUUGGGCACGGGACAUUCCUCAGCAUCUCCAAGGCAGGGGCCCUGGAUCAGGUGGACUUCGUGAGGCAACACCAGAUACCCCUCGAACUUUGUUUGACCUCAAACAUCAAAAGCCAGACAGUUCCUUCUUAUGACCAGCAUCACUUUGGAUUCUGGUACAGCAUUGCUCAUCCUUCUGUGAUCUGUACCGAUGAUAAAGGUGUUUUUGCGACAAACCUUUCUCAAGAAUAUCAACUGGCAGCAGAAACAUUUAAUUUGACCCCAUCUCAGGUGUGGGAUCUGUCCUAUGAAUCCAUCAACUACAUCUUUGCUUCUGACAACACCAGAUCUGAACUGAGAAAAAGGUGGACUCACUUGAAGCAGAAAGUGUUAAACUAUAAUGAGGUGAACUACUUUUGAUUAUACAUUGUAACCAAGAUCUUCCUGCAGUGUGUAUCCCACUCAGUUACUGCCCACUUGAAAUGACUUCCCUUGAAUUUGGGUAGCCAAGUAUAUAUGGGGUCUAACUCCAGCCCCUUCAACUUCAGUAAAUCAGUAAGUCUCAGACAGAGCCUUGAGGUUUGCAUGGCUGCACUUCCAUGCUGCACUUGCUGGAGGGUUGUUGUUCAGCCCUCAUUCCCUCAUGGCUGUUUGCUCUUUGGACGUUCGUGACCUUAAACCUUCUGAGAAGUUGAAACUCUGUCUUCAGGGAAAUCUGUUUGGUUAAUCAGACCCCUUCCACUUCCUUUUACCCUUUCAAGUGUUAUUUUUUUAGACUGUUGAUGUUAGGCCACAGUGCACACCUGCACUGUUUGUGUGAGUGCCUAGUUGCCAGGCAACUGUAGUAACAAAGCUAUUAUCUGGCUUUGCCCUUCUCUUAAUAUCUUUAGAAAUAUAUAAAGGGGGUUGGAGUAUUCCCUUCAGUUUAAGAAAAGAAACGAACAGCUGGCUUUAAGUAAGAAAGACACAUAGCUGGAGCUUCUGGUUUAAAAUCAGCUUCUAUUUGGCUUCCUUGUGGAAGCUACCAGGACCUCUACAGUGCUAGGACUCUCUUAAAAGAUCUUUGUAGCAAUGGUAGCGUUGUGGCUUCUAGGGUUCUUAGAUCACCAAUAAUCCCAUGCCCACAUGAUAGCCUACAGGUAUCGACUUACAUAAACACACAUAUACCAUGGCCACAUUAGCUGACUUUAACAGGUAACAAAUGUCUUGGUUGGUUUUUUUCCACAAGCUAGAGUCAUUUGGGAAGAGGGACCCUCAACUGAGAAAAUAUUCCCACAAGAUUGGCCUAAUCAGUGCUUGAUCAGUUAGUGGGCCCAUGCCACAGAGGGUGAUGCCACCCUUAGGGUCAUGGUUCUGGGUGGAAAGCAAAGGAAAUGGGACAAGGCAUGAGGAGCAAGCCAUAGGCAGCACUCCUCCAUGGCUUCAGCUUUAGCUCCUGCCUCAACUUCCCAGGAUGACAGACUACAGAUUAUAAGAGGAAAUAAACCUUAACUCCUUACGUUUGGUUAUGAUGUUUUAUCACAGCAUUAAAAACACUAAAACAAUAAUG